GCGGGAGAAAGAGAGUGACGGUCUUUGUGUUCGGAAUGUUGGUCGACGCGACGCAAUGGUCAGAAAUUUCCAUUUCCUCGUUGGAAGUAUGGCGACGUCCCGCGCGAGUACGUCGGUCGCCGUCCGCGGCGCGGCAGCACCAGCACAAUCACAAGGCACAGUAAACUCGAACCGAAGCAGCACAUCAAAGGCGUCGCACUCGCGCAAGAAAAAGCCGGCCCAGCUGGUGGUGCCAUCGGCCACUGUCGAGCAGUCUGGCAUCCUUCGACCGAACGCUGCGACGUUUACGCCGUCACUUCAGCACGGUGCGUCGGUGAUUCCCACACCCGACAACGCCGCGUCCAAGAAGCAAAAUCCACAGCAGCGAUCCCGAAGAAGCCGAGGGACCACCGAGCAGCCGCCCAUCGUAGUGACAGGUGCACCAGCAAACAAUUCCGACCGCACGAAAGACACCACGGCAACCGCUAACCCCGCGACACCGCUUGUACAUCCAAGUGCUCGUGGCUCACGUGGGGGUCGGAACCGAAAAUCGAGAGAUGCUGCCACGCUUGCCAAAUCAACGGUCGUCAACGAAGACGAUGACGAACGCUCCGAGUCGAAAGAGGCACGCGAGCUGUGUUUGGUGUGCGCCAAUCCGUUUCGAUACCACGCAAUUGGAGAAUGCAAUCACGAGGGUAUUUGCUCAACGUGUUCGAUGCGCAUGCGGCUCUUGAUGAAGGACUUCAACUGUCCCAUCUGCAAACAAGCAAACCCCCGCGUCAUUGUCACCGACGUCAUUGCACCAUACGCGAGCUUUGGCAUUUGGGGCGACACGGGUGGCCCGGGCGUUCUGUUGGACGAUCGGUCGGAAAUGUUCUUCAGCCGGUGCGACGCACACUACGAGUCGUUAGUCCGUCGUCGGGACUUGUACUGCCGUCGGUGCCCGACAGCGAACAGGGUAAAGUUUCGCGUAUUGGAAGACUUGCAGCUGCACAUGGAGAACGAGCACGCAACGUACUUUUGUGACCUGUGCGUACAGCACCAGCACUUUUUCGUGGGGGAGUACCCGAUGUACACGAUGAAGGAGCUCAUGCACCAUCAAACAUCGACGGUGUCGGCCACUUCCCGCGAGCGCCAUCCGCUUUGUGAAUUCUGCCACGUUCGGUACUACAGCGACGUGGAAUUGCAUGUGCACCUCGAACGCGACCACUUCAAGUGCCAUCUCUGCCCGGAAGUUCAGCACCGCUACUACCGCAACUACAAGGGGCUGGAAACGCACUUUCGACGACAACACUUAUUUUGCGAAGACCCGUCUUGCAUUGCCAAGGGCUUUGUUGUGUUCAGCAACGACAUUGACUUCCAAGCACACAUGUUUUCGGUCCAUGGGAACCAGGACAACCGCAUUCGAAUUGCCUUCACAGUGCGUCGAGGCAUGGAGGACGAAGGCGGCGCGUCCAAUGUCGUGUCGUCUGGAAGUAACAAUGACUCAUGGGAGUUCGUUGGGCCUCCUCCGUCAGCGUCGCGACAGCAAGAAGAAUUUCCGGCACUUCCAACGGCGGCCCCUUCGGCGACUCCCUGGGCCAAGCUUGCACCAGUCACACCACCCGCAAUGAUCCGUCCGACAGCUGUCGCGGCUCCUGCCCCGUCGUCUGUGCCUCGCGCUAUGUUGUCUCGGAAUGCACUGUUGGCAUCAGCCUUUGGCCGCGGCCCGAAGACAGAAGACGCCCUGGAAAAGGAGCUUCGACCGCAAUAUUCGCAAGAGCUCAAAGACUGGGGGCGUUCCAAAUUCCGCACGCUUGUUGCUGUUGAAAAGAAGAUCGAGGACAUGAUGGCUGAUCGCGCAUGCUUCAGUACGCACCUGAAGGCAAUGCCGAGGGAACAGGUAUGUCUCGUAUCCUCCAUACCGCGACGUUCAUUACGAGAAUUUCUUGUUGGAUCCACUUCUAGCGGCGUAUGAUUCACGAGUUGGCCGUGUUUUACGGUCUCAAGUCGGAGUCGCGGGAUACAGAGCCUCACCGCUUCAUCUCUCUGUACAAGUUGCAAACUUCAACCCUACCACCGAUGUCGCUUUCGAAGUGUCUUCUUGAAGAAUCCCAAGGACCGAAGCGUCAGACUCGUCGUGCCCGUGUGUACGUGGACCGGAAUGUGACGUUGCCGGUGGGUCGUGGAUGGGAAAAGGUAGCCGCUGCGCCGGUGGCGGCUCCCCAGGUGCCUCAAGAUGCUUGGAGUGACGAAGAGGACGAGACCAUUGAAGACGUCAGUGCCUUCGUACGACCUGAAGGGAGCUCGACGCGCCUCGAGUUCCUUCGUCGCACAGAUGGGGGCGCGGCGUCUGACGAAGAGAAGGAGACAGGACAGUCUUAAAUAAAUAAUGACGUUUUUGGCGCGCAA